GCGUGAAACCGUCUGGUACAAAAGAAAUUUCCUCCUAACAGUCUCCACCAGUAGCCUUUAGAGAUCUGAUACUGCAUUUUCGGAUUUUUACUGUUAGGCAGUGUUAGGUUUUGUUCACAAUGAAGGUUAUUGUUAUACUAGCUCUUUGUGUCGUCGCAGUGCAAUGUAGUGACAAUAGCAACAAUAACGGCGGCGGCGGGGGAAAUGGACCGAGACCUGAUUGCAACAAGUAUUGUUUACCAUACGGAAACAAACCAGUAUGCUCAUCGAAAGGCAUUACCUACGAAAAUGAUUGCUUCUGCGAAUGUCAGUCGGAGUACAAGGUGUGUGAUGGACCAUGUCCAUGCAGCGGCAACAACAAUUAUAACACAAACAAGAACGGAUAUGUCUAUAACAGCAACAAUGGCAAUAGAAAUAGCUUGAAUGGACAAAACAGCAACAAGGGAAACAGUAACGGCAACGGAAAUGGCUUAAACAGCAAUAACGGAAAUAGUAACAACAACGGAAAUAGCUUAAACAGCUAUAAUGGAAAUAGUAACAACAACGGAAAUAGCUUAAACAGCUAUAAUGGAAAUAGUAACAACAACGGAAAUAGCUUAAACAGCUAUAAUGGAAAUAGUAACAACAACGGAAAUAGCUUAAACGGCUAUAAUGGAAAUAGUAACAACAACGGAAAUAGCUUAAACAGCAAAAACGGAAACGGUAACGGGAACGGUGGCAACGGUGGCAACGGUUAUGGUUUAAACAACAAUAAUGGAAACAGUAACGGGAACGGUGGCAACGGUAAUGGUUUAAACGGCAAAAAUGGAAACAGUAACGGCAACGGUGGCAACGGUGGCAACGGUUAUGGUUUAAACAACAAUAAUGGAAACAGUAACGGGAACGGUGGCAACGGUAAUGGUUUAAACAGCAAUAAUGGAAACAGUAACGGCAACAGUGGCAACGGUAAUGGUUUAAACAGCAAUAAUGGAAACAGUAACGGCAACAGUGGCAACGGUAAUGGUUUAAACAGCAAUAAUGGAAACAGUAACGGCAACGGUGGCAACGCUUAUGGCAUAAACAGCAAUAAUGGAAACAGUAACGGAAACAAAAAUGGCUUUAAUAGCAAUAAAGGAAAUAGUUACAACGGUAAUGGCUUAAACAGCAAUAAUGGAAAUAGUAACAACAACGGUAAUGGCUUAAACAGCUAUAAUGGAAAUAGUAACAACAACGGAAAUAGCUUAAACAGCAAUAAUGGAAACAGUAACGGAAACAGAAAUGGCUUAAACAGCAAUAAUGGAAACAGUAACGGAAACAGAAAUGGCUUUAACGGUAUUAAUGGAAACAGUAACAGAAAUAGUAAUAAUAAUGGAAACAGCUACAAUAACAAUGGAAACAGUAACAGAAACACCAACGUAAAUAGCUAUAACGGCAACAAGAACAGCUUUAUAAAAUAUGGAAACAGUUACAACAACAAUGACAAGAACAGUUACAACAGCAACACAAAUAGCAAUAACGAUGAAGACAGUUACAAUAGCAACAAAAACAGCAACAGCAAUGGAAACAGUUUCAAUUUACAACGGGAACGACUUCAAUUCAACAGCGGUAACGGCUUCAAUUCUAACAGCGGUAACAGCUUCAAUUCCAACAACGGGAACAGCUUCAAUUCAAACAACGGCAACAGCUUCAAUUCUAACAAAGGUAUCAGCUUCACCAACAAAAACAGCUACAAUGGAAACAGUAACAAUAAUGGUUAUAAUUAUGGCAGUAACAGUAUCAACAACGGCAAUUCUAAUGACGAUAGCAACAUCAACAUCAACAGAGUCAGCGUUGGCGGAAGUAACAGGAUGGUUUACAAUGGUAAUACCAACGAUGAAAACUUAAACGUCAACAGCAUACUUGACAUAGUCAAAAACAUCAACAGUCAGAACAGCCUCAACAACAACGGAAACAGCUUUGGGAACAGUAACAACAAUGGAAACAGUAACAGCUAUGGAAACAGUAACAGCAAUGGAAACAGUAACAGCAAUGGAAACAGUAACAGCAAUCGAAACAGUAACAGUUACAGUAAUGGAAACAGUAACAGCAAUAACAACGGCAAUAGUAACAGCAACGGAAAUUUCAAUAGCUUCAACAGCAAUAGUAAUAGCAAUAACAACGGCAAUAAUAACAGCAACGGAAAUUUCAAUAGCUUCAGCAGCAAUAGUAAUAGCAAUAACAACGGAAACAGUAACACCAAUGGGAACAGCAUACCCGUUGCGGAGCCAACCAUUAUCAUUAUCCAUGCCUCGCCGUCAAGCAACUGUUUCUGUAAACAAGAUUACGAACCUUGUUGCACAACGGACAAUGAAACAUACAACAGUAAAUGUGAAGCUGAAUGCGAGGGGAAAAGUGUUUGGUACGAUGGAGAGUGCUAUUAGAUUGAGAUGAAAGAUACAUAUGGAACUGUAUCGUAAGUGAGGGCCUAGUAAGCAUGGCAGAAGAUAUCAAAUGUGUGAAGGAAAUGACAAUUCUAUAUUUAUUUUACAGACAAUUUGUGUCAUGUUGUUUCUUUAUUAAAGCACUAGAGUAGA